AUGGCAACUCCACAACGGUCGGUCCCACGCCAACCUACAGGCUGGUGGGCCUUUGGCCUCGGCGACCAUCCCACCUGGACGCUUCCGUUGAUCGGCACACUGCUCGCCGCUUUGCUCCUCGGCCACGACCAUUAUCUGUCUCCACACACGCGGCCUGUCCCGUCCCCAGCAUCAUACUCGAUUCGUCUCCUAAGCUGGGAUCCUCUCAUUAUAUACAUCAUCGACUUUAUAUCCCCAGCCGAACGCAAGGCCCUCUUGAAUCUCGGUGUCGGCAGGGAAACGCUGUUCGAGAGAUCGAAGGUCUACUAUGACGGAGAGGACAGCAUAGAUCCUGCGCGUAGUAGUACCACCGCAUUCCUGCCUGAUGCAGACCCUAUUACGGAGAGAAUUAUCGCGCGAGCGUCAGAGCUACAGGGGUACACCCCCAGGCAUCUCAGCGAAUCCCUCCAGCUCACCCGGUAUAAUGUGGGACAAUACUUCUAUCCUCAUUUCGACCCGUUAGAGGUCGAGGGCAGCCUAUCCGUUCACAGGUUGACUACUAUAUUCGCUUUCCUAGAGGCCACCUGCACCGAAUGUGGUACCCAGUUCCCAAACAUCCAUCUCAAUUGGUCUGCAGAACAUCCCAGCUGGUGUGACUACGUCGACUGCCAAAAAAGGGCUUUAACCGUCAAGGCAAUUCCAGGCAACGCCGUUUUGUGGAAGAGCUGGAACAGUUCCGGGCAUGUAGACGUGAGGACUCUGCAUGCCGGACUGCCCCCCGAAAAGGGCGUUAAAACGGGGCUUAAUAUCUGGACCAAUGGGUAG